AUGGGUCCAUUAAAUGCAUUUUUCCAUUGUGAUUUAAAGGCAAGCCAGACGAAACGACCUCACGUCAAACAAGCACAAAUAAAUCGUCUUUUAACAGACGACGACUGCACCGCCAGCCUGCCUUGGCCAAUUACAGAAAAUUGUAAAUUGCGAGCAUUCAGGACGAAAUUGAUGACUUUGAAGGAAUGUUGUUGGGACUCAUCGGAACUGAAGAAAAAUGGAUUAAAUGCAUUGUUAAUGCAUCACAAAAGGGUUAGUAAUGAUGAUAAAAUGAUUGGAGCAUAUUUCAGCAAACACUUCUAUGAGCUGAAGAAUUAG